AUGUUCUUGACACGAUCAGAGUACGACCGAGGUGUCAACACCUUCUCUCCCGAGGGUCGACUAUUCCAGGUCGAGUAUGCUAUCGAGGCAAUCAAGCUCGGCUCGACCACCGUAGGCAUUCGUACACCGGAGGGCGUGGUGCUCGCAGUAGAGAAGCGUGUCCAGUCCCCGCUCCUCGAGUCAUCAACCGUUGAGAAAAUCAUGGAGAUCGAUACCCACCUGGGCUGCGCCAUGUCGGGCCUCACCGCAGACGCACGCACAAUGGUCGAUCACGCACGGGUAACAGCACAGAACCACGCAUUCACUUACGACGAGCGCAUAAAGGUAGAGAGCGUGACGCAGGCCGUGUGUGAUCUGGCGCUCCGGUUCGGAGAGAGUGUGCAUGACGAGGACGCCAUGAUGAGUCGGCCGUUCGGUGUUGCGCUCCUCAUUGGGGGUAUUGAUGAGCUGGGGCCUCAGCUGUUCCACACUGAUCCUUCUGGUACGUUUGUGCGGUAUGACGCUAAGGCAAUUGGGUCUGGUUCAGAGGCGGCGCAAAGCGAACUACAAGACAAGUGGCACAAGCAAAUGACUCUGCAAGAAGCGCACGUUCUCACAUUGCGCAUACUGAAGCAGGUUAUGGAGGAGAAGCUUGACCACCACAAUGUUCAGCUUGCACAGGUCACGCCAGAGAAAGGGUUUGAGAUCCUAGACGAAGUAAGACUAAAAGAGCUCAUUGACGCGAUGUAA